AUGAGCAUUGUUUUUACAUACCUUUAUCCUCGUAUUGAUACUAAUGUUUCAGUUCAAUUGAACCAUCUCCUUAAAGCUCCAUUCUGUAUUCAUCCAUCAACAAAUAAGGUAUGUGUUCCAAUUAAUUUUAAUACAAUUGAUUCUUUUGACCCAAACAAAGUACCAACUCUUCAAUCUCUUCAAGAAUCAAAACUAUUAUCUUUUUAUUCCUUUAAUGAUUCAAUAGAAUUAUUUUCAAGAUUUGUAAAAGAGUCAAUUCAAUAA